AUGUCGCAGGGGUCGUGUGCGUCAUUGCGAAUUCAUCGCGCAGGGUUUGAGGAGGAGGAGCACCACAGGAAGGUGGAGCUGGACGAGAAGCUGCAGAGACACCUUCAGCGGACGGAGCCCUCAGGCGAAAGCGAGAAAGCCAGCAUCGAGGUGGAACCCUGGAACGAUUUGGACGAUCUUCUAUUCAGAGCCAUCGAAGAGCGGGACGCCGCUUCGGUGCAGCUGCUGGUGGAGUGUCGAGUGGACCCGGAGAAGCCAUCGAACGAACAGACUGAAUGCAUCUCUGCCGUGCACCUGACAGUCGAGAGCGGCUGGGUGGAUGGAAUCAAGUAUCUUUGCAAAGUGCGCGCGGAUGUCAACUUGGCACCAGAGAAGUGCAGUUCGCCGUUUUGGGUGGCUUUGUAUGACAGCGAUUGGGAUCAGUUGCAGGUUUUGAUCCGAGCCCGCGCCAACACCGACGUCUCCAACUCCGAAGGGGUGACGCCGCUGAUACAUAUGACCUCCCACCCCGAGGCCGUCGACGAUUUCUAUUCCAUGCAGAUCCUGAACAUUCUGCUGAAGGGCAAAGCAGAUCCAAACAAACCCGACGAAGACGGCUUCACGGCACUGCACUACGCA